CUGCCACUCGUACAGAGAGUAUGAAGCGCGUUUGGAGAGAUACAGUGAACGCAUCUGGACGUGCAAAAGCACAGGAAGCAGCCAGCUGACACACAAAGAGGCUUGGGAGGAGGAGCAGGAAGUUGCUGAGCUCUUGAAGGAGGAGUUCCCCAUCUGGUAUGAGAAGCUGGUACUGGAAAUAGUCCACCACAACACCGUGUCUUUGGAGAAGCUGGUGGAUGCAGCGUGGCUGGAGAUCAUGACCAAGUUUGCUGUGGGAGAAGAGUGUGACUUUGAGGUUGGUAAGGAGAAAACGUUGCCUGUGAAAGUUGUGAAAAUACAUCCUCUGGAGAAAGUAGAUGAAGAAGCCUCGGAGAAGAAAUCUGAUGGAGCCUGUGAUUCCCCAUCUAGUGACAAAGAGAACUCCAGCCAGGCAGCCCAGGACAACCAGAAGGAAGCUGUCCUGAAGGAGGAUGACAGCAGGAGGGAAAGCAUGAAUGAUCGAGCACGAAGGUCUCCUCGGAAGCUUCCCACGUCUUUGAAGAAGGAAGAAAGGAAGUGGGUUCCACCUAAAUUCCUGCCACACAAAUACGAUGUCAAGCUGAAAAAUGAAGAUAAG